AUGAAAAGAAACGUACUGGUAGUGACUCUGAUAGCAUUGCUGUUUGUCAAUUCAUCAUUUGCACAAUAUUCCAGAAAUCACCCCAAGGAUAACCAUACAAAAUCGAGUCAACAAGAAGAGGAUCAAGAACUAAGAAGUGCACGAAGAAGAAAUAGAGUUGGCAGUAGGAGGAGGAGCAGAAGAGGCAGCAGCGGAGGAAGAAGAUCAGGAGGAUCAUCAAAUUGUGACCCCCUUUAUUCAUAUUUAUUUGGAAGCUGCGGCCAAUGGCCUUUCUCAAGGUCUUCCGGAAACAACCCUUUCCUGCCUAGGCCAACUCCCUCUCCCCGCCCGACUCCGCCGCGGCCGCCAAUUGUGCAGCCUUCUCCUCCUCUUCCUCCACUUAUUCCUUUACCGCCACCGUUACUUCCUUCCCCUCCACCUGCAGUGCUACCACCACCGCUCAUACCUUCACCACCACCCAUAUCGCUGCCUCCACCCGUAGUCCCUUCACCGCCACCUGUUCAACCGUCACCGCCGCCUGUAUCACCUUCACCUUCACCCCCACCACCUGCAAUUCCUUCCUCGCCCCCACCAUCCCCAUCCCCUCCACCACCUUCACCAUCGCCACCUCCGCCCUUACCACCACCACCCUUGGUCCCAUCGCCACCCCCUCCUUCACCAUCCCCUCCUCCUCCUGACCUCCCCAUUAUUUUCCCCCCACCACCACUUGUUCCUUCACCCCCACCCCCUGAACUGCUACAACCACCCGUCUUUCCGUGGUUAUCACCACCCGAUACCAACCCAGACUCUCCAACAUUCCCCGUAGUUUCUCCUCCACCACUAAUACCAGACUUGCCGCCAGAUAUAUUCACCCCAGCACCUCCUCUUGCACCCAUAUUAUCUCCUCCUCCAGACUUCUUUCUUCCACCACAAGACGGCCCAGACAUCAUUUUCACGCCACCAGCACCAACACUUAUCCCGUCUUAUACUCCACCUGAAUUGCCUUUCACAUUUACUCCAAGCCCUCCAGCGGAUGACGGGGGUGUGUUUCAGUCACCAACAUUUCCACUUCCACAAGCACCCGACUUUUUCUUUGCACCUCCGCUGAUACCUGAUAUGCCCGAGAGCCCAUUUCAGCCGCUGCCGUUCGUCUUUGUGCCACCGUCACCGGAUGCUGUACCGGUGGUGCAAGAGCAGAGUCCCCCACUGCCUUUUAUCCCUCCUUUUGAGGAUCCCCCGCAACCAGAUUCGCCUCCAUUCAACGGUUAA